AUGUGCUCGCUCAGGUUCGUGCACAUGCGCACCCUCCGUCUCUCCGUGCACAUCGCUGUCGCAGCACCAUCUGCUGGUGAAUCUCCUCCAGUCUCUCUGAUAAUCAAUCCCAGCAGAACUCAACACUUUAGUAAUGACUCUUUCUCACUGAGCUGUGAGGACCAGAAUAAAUCUACUGGAUGGAGAGUGAGACGAUACACACACAGUGAGUUAGUGUUCGAUUGUUCACAGUGGGGAUCAGUUUCAGGAUCUACAUGUAAUAUCAGCUUUCUCUCCACAUCCGACACUGGAGUUUACUGGUGUGAGUCUGAAUCUGGAGAAAACAGUAAUCCUGUCAACAUCACAGUGCAUGAUGGGGAUGUGAUCCUGGAGAGUCCUGUCCAUCCUGUGACUGAGGGACAUCCUCUGACUCUACGCUGUUUAUAUCACAACACAAAUUCCUCAAACCUCCGAGCUGAUUUCUAUGAAGAUGGAUCAGUUCUCCAGAAUCAGACAACAGGAGAGAUGAUCAUCUAUAAUGUCUCAAAGUCAGAUGAAGGUUUCUACCACUGUAAACACCCAGAGAGAGGAGAGUCACUGAAAAGCUGGGUCUCAGUCAGAGGUCCAUCAGGUGUAGAAGCUCCAUUCUCAGUGCUCAUGCUGAUCAGUAGUGUAGUGACGGCCUCUCCGUAUCUGCUGGUGACCAUCAUUCUGCUGGUCAAAUGUUACAGAGCUCGAGUUCACACUGAUGAAGAGAGGAUUGAGAAUGCAGUCAUAGAGGAGUGAGCAAAGUUCAUCUGUAAAAAGAGGAUGCAUUUACUGUCAAAUAAUUUCAUCAUUUCUUGUUCUUUAAUGCUUUGUGGGAUUUUAAAAUAAUACUGAUUUGUCAUUUUAAUGCCAUGCUGUUAUUUGCUCAGCAUCUUUUAGACACCUUCAUUGUUCUGACUGGAUUUGUUUAGCUGAAGCCUGCAAACCUCCUCAUGAGGUGAAAGUUACCAUGUGUGUAUCUCCAAUAACGCUUACAUGCUGCUAAUGCAAUGCAGAGUAAAAAAUGAACAAAGACUCUUAUAAAAAUAUUAAUCAAGGGGAAAUGUUGAUGCAGAGAGUGUAUAUGGUUUAAAUUGCGUUAUUUCAGAAUGAAAAUGUGCAGUGUAAUGUUUUCCGGUGUAGGUUGUAUUUUCUGUAAGCUGACUACAGUCAGAGCGGUUGGUGAAAAGCCCAGUGUUACUGGAGUUAAAGUAAGUUAAGCUUUGUAUGGGUGCGAUAUAAAAACAAGGUCAUUGACUGUUAUCUGAAACAUGGUGGGAACUAAUAUUGUGUUUUGUGCCUUCUCAGUAUUAGUUCUACCACUACUGUAUUUGUACUGCUGUGUUUUCUUCUAUUUCUUUGUGAGAUUAGCUCUAGCUGGAUUACGAGGAGUAGAUUUACAAUCUCAGUUACACACUGUUGUUAGAUUUGUUCGACUUUUCAGCUGUGUGAACUUUAAUUGUAGUUGUGUGAGGAGAUUUGUGGAUGAAAUGAUUUGAUCAAUUCAAUUAAUGCAUCAUUAUCAGUUCACUGAAUUAUUUAACCUGGUAGCAAUAAUGUAUCAUAUGAAGUAUAAGUAAUACUCUGAGAAAACUCCUGUACCUUUGUCAAUAUCAGCAUUUUUAAUAUUUUGUAUUUUUAUACAAUGAUGUACUUUUCAUUGUCUUAUAUUGUCUCUUGUCUCCUGCUGUAAGAUUGGAAUUUCCCACAUGGGAUUAAUAAAGU